GCUCCCAUGGACACCAUGAGGAGCACUUCAGGCCUCUCUGGGGAGGGCUGGGAGUUGGCAAGCUUCCUUCAUUCUCAAAACAUGUUAGAGAUGUGGCCUUUUCAAGAGGGACUGGUACCCAUGGCUCGAGGAGGCAGCAUUCCUGACCCAGGGAGACAGGAAGAGAGCAGAGAGCUCUCUCGGGAGUAGCCAGCAUUCUGCCAGCAGCCCUCUCCCAAGGUCCCGCCUCCUCUUUGCACGGACUCAUGCUUAAUCAUUCUUUAAUGAAGAAUCAAGUUCAGUAAUGCAGACUUAGCCUAGCGCAGGCCAAGAAACGGAGAUUUUCACGGUGAGAACCUGGGUCUGCAGCCUCGACAGGAGCAAUUGACUGCUACCCUGCACACAUUCUGUGCUGUAGCCCCGAGGGAAGUACUGGGAGAGACCCAAAGGAGAGAAAAGAGGCCAGCAUCUUGGCCUUGCUCUUUUAGGUGGGUUGUGGUACCCGGAAGACUCUUGCUUCACUGUCUCCAAGCCAUGAAGAGGACAGACCGGAACAUGGUGAGGGGACCGUUGUAUAAGCAGUUCGACUUGGAGCGAAAGAAUGCCAGGCAAGCCGAAGCUAGACUCAGCCUCAGACUGCAAAGGCUGGAGGUCAUCUGCCUCUAUCACGUGAAAUCGCUGGCCAGGGAGCAGAGACAGCUUCAGAAAGAACUGCAGCGGCUGCAGCAGGCAGAUAUCAUCAAGAAAAGAGUCUCCUCUUAUGUGGAGAAUGGAAUUCAGAAGAGACCAAGAGAUGUUGUCACAGUCUCACCACAAACAGGACGGAGGCACCUGGUCCUGGAGCCUAAGAGUCGGGUACUGUCAACCAAUAUGACCCAAGAAGUUAAAAUUAAGAUUCAGAGCCCCUCUUUACCUGGCCCUGCCCUCAAAGACACCCUGAGAAGCCAAGAGCAGCUGCAAUCUCAACUUGACAGAACCAGCUGCUGUGAGGAAGAGAAUUCACAAGCCCAGGAGGGAGCGUCUGCAAAUCCACUUAAGGGCACGAACCCCAAUAAGGAAGUCUCUGUCCCAUGUCAUGGCCAAGAGGUUUCCACCAAGACAGAAGACAGUCCUACAUCCAGCCCAGCUGGCGAGACAGGGUCAGCAUCUGCAGAUGAGACCAGAUCAAAAAAUGCCGGUCUAAAGCCACCUGGGGAUACUGGGGAUCAAAACCCCCCAAGCUCUGUGGAAUGUGCAGGAAGCUUCAAAGGCAAUUGCACAAAGCCAACCUUCCCAGAGUUGUUUGCAAAAGCCAAAAAUGCCCACUAUCUCCGCCACAGGGUGCCCCCUGAGUCUGAGAGGUUGCUUAGCAUCGGGGAGAUAUUUGGACAUGGAGACUCCUCACUUCCCAGAGCAGGGAAAAGACUGUGAGAUGGUACCAAGUUCCUUCCUCCCUGGCUGUGUAAUGUAGCCUGACAAUAAGAUACCAUAAUCACUGUGGAAACGUGACCCUGUGUGAUAAGCAAUGCACAGAAACAAACAGAAAUCCAUGACAACUUUAUUUUAGCAUUCUUAGGGCCUCCUCCCUUUUAUAUGGUCUUUCUCAUAAUAAACUUUCUCAUAAUAAAGGCUACUAUGAAAAAGGAAGAGAGGUAUUAUGAAAAUAUUUUAAAUGGAGAACCUGAACUUGUCUUGAAGGAGACAGUCUUGUUGGCCCAAAGGUCCAGCUCAUAGAAGAGCUGCUUAUAGCGACACCUGCUGGCCAAGUGGUAUAGCUAGUUGUCUUGUUUUCCUUUCUUUGGGGAUUCGCAUGGGAACCCAGCUGAAGUUAUGUACUGUGACAUGGUCUCCAAAUAAAACCUGUUCUUGCCA